AUAGUUUUUCUUGUCAACGUUCGCCCCUGUCGGUUCACAUUCGCCUGACCUCCGACCGCAGACGGGACUCCAACCAAGCCCAGAAAUGUCUGACUUCUCAGAAGACCAGAUCAUCGAGUUCAAGGAGGCCUUCCUGCUGUUUGACAGGACAGGCGAUGGGAAGAUCAGUUACAGCCAGUGUGGUGAUGUCAUGCGGGCCCUUGGCCAGAACCCUGUCAACGCUGAGGUCCUCAAGGUCCUGGGCAACCCCAAGUCAGAAGAAAUGAACCACAAGAUGCUAGACUUUGAGCAGUUCCUGCCCAUGCUCCAAGCCAUCGCUAAGAACAAGGACCAGGGCUCCUUUGAGGAUUUUGUGGAGGGUCUGCGCGUCUUCGACAAGGAGGGCAAUGGCACAGUGAUGGGCGCUGAGCUGCGCCAUGUCCUCACAACACUUGGUGAGAAAAUGACAGAAGAGGAGGUGGAGACUCUCUUAGCGGGACACGAAGACGCCAACGGCUGCAUCAAUUACGAAGUCUUUGUCCGCCACAUCAUGUCUGGCUGAACAGCGGAACUCGUCCGGAUGGUGAUGAGUGGUUGAAGAUUUCAAGAACACAACCGGUUAAUUUUAUUCCCAAAUGUUUUUUUCUAUUAUAUGUAAUGUCUGUCUCACCCCCAUCCAAAUCUUGUUUGCCCUCAUUUUGUGAUAUUUUCUUUCGGAAGUGCCUUUUCUGUGUCUUGAGUUGAAGAGCCCCUUUUUUUCCAUUUCACUUCAAAAUAUCAUCAAGCCACAGAGGUGCAUGCUAUCAUGCCUGGCUCGUUGACAGAAUCGGCAAUAACAUUCCCUUCAUUAUUCCAUACGUUCCCAUCUCCCACUCCGUCACUCAACCCGUGUCAGCCCUGUCGCCCAAUAGCUGUGUUUUUUAUACAGAGGAGAUGCAUGCUCAUUGGCUGAGACCAGCUGUAAUGUGGAUUUUACCGGGCCAAUGGUAGAUUUACUGUCAUGUAUAUGUUAUAUUUAAUAAAAAUCCCCAGUUUCUGAAAACAAA